AUGGAAAAGUUACUCUUUGGAAUAUUUGUGAUUACGGUUUUUCCGGCUAUUCAGUGCAGAGGACGUAACCACAUAUCCAGUAGACUCGAAUGUGGUCCUUAUGGCUUUGUUUGCGACGGGAUUACUAGAGUGCGCAUUUGUGAAGAAGGCAAUGUUUUAGGUCCUAGCUUUCGUUGUCCAUCUAACACUGUAUGCAACGAAGAGUCAACAGACGUCUGUGAAAGCACUUUGAACUACAUAGAUCCAGUUAUAACCAGAAACAUCCGGUGCUAUCGUAACGAACGCCUUGCUGACACCAGCGUUCCAGGCUGCAAAGGGUAUAUCAUGUGCAUUCCCAAUAAAAAUAGAUUCCAAGGCCUGAAAUUCCAAUGUUCUGGACAAACAAUAUUUAACGGUUUCACACGAGCAUGCACGUCACCAGAGAAAUAUAAAUGUCCUCUUACAAAUAGUACUAAACAAAAUAAAUUCUACUCGGAGCCACUCGGAAACCGUAAACCUAUUAAUGCAUACGACCAGCUUCAUAAGCCUAUUGAAUGUGAGAAUUAUAAAUUCGCAGUGACAAGUGAAGACAGUCCAUCACGUGUUACGUACUUUUGUCCCCAAAGACCACCUCGAGGAGAAAACAAAAUUCGAUGCACUGUAUUUUCUAAUAGUUUCUGCCUCGCACUGGAAAGAGACGAUGAGGACCAAUUUUUGCAAGGUGCGGGCUCUGCUUUUAGAAGGCCAAGAAUUAAUAACUGA